GUUGUCGAGGCAACAUCGCGUCUCUUGCGCGCGCCACCGCGAGUGUAUCCAUCGACAAAAUAAAGUAUUAAAUCGUGAUCAGUGUGUAGUGUAUGCCAGUGAACCGGAAAUGUUGAUGCAACUGUGAUCAAAAAGUUAUUAUAAUGGCAUUGAAAAAGGAUUUCGAACUCAACAAGAACAUAUUCAAAAGUGUGAAAAUUCAAAUACCCAAACCCGUGAAGAUUCAGCAGGCGAUAGACAAGUUGUUCAAAAGGAAUAACUACGAGAAAAUAGUGCAAAGUUAACUUACACUAUUAGUUUAGUAGAAACAGGCUUAGUGGAUUAAAUGGCCGGUGAAGUUAGUGCAAAUAUUAGUAGAAGUAGAAAUAGUAAUCGCGCCGAACCAGAACCGCCUGAUAGAAACAAAUCGCCUAAUUUUAUAACAAACGAAACAGAAUUCAUUGGUAGAGGAGAUAUAUUGAGAUCAUCAACGCCUAUAAACAAACAUAGAAGAAGUAGAAGCAGGAGUGGAAGUAGGAAACUAAAGUUUCUGCUAUUAUCAACGGUCAGACCAAACGGUGGCAUGAACGGGGAGCAAGAGUUGGACGUGUGGAGUCAACUCCAGCAGAAGGAGUCUGAUCUCCUACUGGCAGCUGAACUGGGGAAAGCACUGCUGGAGAAAAAUGAGGAAUUAAAGAAAGAACAGGAGCGUGUCUCGGACGAGUACGCGAAAAAAGUUGAGGAAUUGGAGCAGGAGAAACAUCUGCUUCGACGACGGCUGGACACUACCCAAGGAGAGUACGAAGCGAGGUUACUGGAGCUGCAGAAUGACAUCAGGGAACUCACGACCAAGAUCGACUCCAGAGAUACAUCUGUUAAACAGCGAGAUGAAGAAAAAGCUAGCCUGAUAGCCGAACUAACAGCUCAAAACUCGAGGUUGACAGCUCAACUGAAAGAAUCUUCUGCAGUUGAAGCACAACUAAUGGCACAGUUGGAGGGACUGAAGGAUCAGUGUUCAAUGAGGAAGACUAGUUUACAGGAUCAUGUGCACAGUUUGGAGUCACUCAAAGCAGAACUUGCGCUUGUCAGUGAUAAGAAAGCGGACCUAGAAAGGAGGCUGACCACAUCACUUCACGACAAAGACAAUCUGAUGCAGCAACUAGAUGAAGCAAACGAUAGAAUUGUGGCUUUGGAGAGGCAAUUGAAAGAACAGGAACACCUUUAUCACAACACACUCAAGGAGUUGGAACGUCUCCAAAGAUCUCAUGACACUCUUGCUGAACGAAUUGGUGCACCAGAUCCUGUCGACACAACAGAUCCUGCCAGGUCACUUCAUGCUGAAAUGGAAUCUGAACCAGAAGACCAGGAUGACGGCUGGCUGAGGAGCGAAGCAGUUCAAGUAUAUAAGCAGCUGAGAGCGUUGGCUUUGCAGUUGAACACCGGACAUGAUGAUGAUUCAGGGCUACAUUCAGACCUAUCCCUCACGUCACUGGACGGCGAAGAGGGUGAGACAUUACGUAGGGGUGCUCUCGCCGCGGCCUGCGCGGACGCAGUUGCGGCUUACGCCACGCUAGAAGGCUCCCGGGUCAGAGACUCGAUAGCAGCGCAUGCACGUCGCGCGUUAGAGCGAGAGAGGCAGAUAGAUGAGAAGAACGAGAUCAUUGCUGAUCUAUCUUCCAAGCUAUCUGUAGCUGAAGUGGAACUACGCGCGGCUGCUGAAGAACGUGAUAAGCUGCUAAAUGACGCCAACUAUAGCAGCCUUCAGAAUGACGAGGCUGUGACGCGGGCCAGGCAGGAGCGGGACGAGGCAAUAGAGAGAAAGAAGACAGCUGAGGUGGCCCUGGCGAAAACAAGAGUGGAAUUGAUGCAAGCCAAUAGCCAGUUAUAUGAAGCCGUCAGGCAGAAGGUGGAUCUUGGUCAGCAGCUCGAACAGUGGCAGAUGGACAUGCAAGAGCUUAUAGACGAGCAAAUGAAGCACAAGCUCACCACACAGGAGAAGAGAAGAAAACUCCCCGAGCAACCUGCCCCCACCAGAACCUCCAGGAUCCUCGGAUUUUUUCAGCGGUGAUCUGCUGUACCCAACUCUUGGUGCGCCUACUCUAUGAAGCCAUAGACAAAAAUACCAUAUCAACCGUAUACUUUUUAAUAUUAAAAAAUUACAAUCCACUCAUAUCCUCGGCUGCGUUCACGUUGUUUUUAAUAUUUCAAAAAAAGAAUUUUAAAACGGUCGCCGCGUCCGCCAUCUUGGUUUUACACACGGACGCUUUAAAUACAGCAGCAGUUGUAGGAUAUGUUUAUAUUUUAUUUUUUAAGCCGUGUGAUGUUUAUACCUUUGCAGUGAUAAUUAGUUUAAUUAUUAGUGUACUAUUAGUUACGUUACUUUUUACACUUAAUGUUUCUUUAAAUUUAUUAUAGGAGUCACUGUAAAAAGGAUACUAUAUUAGAAUUUUAAAUACAAAUCACAUUGGUUAUUAGAAUAAAACAAAUUUUGGCAUUGAACAUAAAUUGGAUUGGUUAGGGCGGAUUUGGUACAACAGAGUGUAUUUUAUAAACGGACAUACCGAGAGGACUACCAUCUUUAUUUGUCCGUAUUUUAUAAUUUUAAAGACAAUACGACACGAUGUAUGAAAACGACAUUCGAAUUUUAUAAUCAUUUCAUUCCACCAUUUUGUUUCAUUGCGACCGCCAUGUUGUUACGAACCGUAUCAAUGAACUAACCUAUCCAUUGCUUUUUAACUUGUACAUAACAUAUUAUUAACUUAAGUGAUGAGAUUAUUCAAUAUCUUAAUUAAAUUCAUUUAAAGAAGAUAACAAUACUGAAGGCUCGCACCGUCUGUCUUAUUUAUUUUUAAAAACAUUUAAUACUAUAACUAAAAAUCGAACCAUAGACAACCUCAGACAUAAAUCUAUCACAAUAAAAUGG